UUAUCCAUCAUGGAGUAUAACUCAUUGUGGUUUACACAGAGAGAAAAAAAAUGGGUAUGGUGAGAAGACUCUCCCAAGUUUUGGGAUUCACCAACAACAAGAUCAGAAAUAUCUCCUUCAAAUCUUUAGAUCCCCCAUUACCAUUACCAUCACCAUCACUCAACCAUGGAAUCCACGUCUUUCAUUGCCCUGAUGCUGUUGGAAUUGUUGCAAAGCUAUCUGAAUGUAUUGCUUCAAGAGGUGGAAACAUUCUAUCUGCUGAUGUUUUUGUUCCUCAAAAUAAACAGGUUUUUUACUCUAGAAGCGAUUUUGUUUUUGAUCCUGUUAAAUGGCCACGGAUGCAGAUGGAAGAGGAUUUCCUAAAUCUUUCACAGGCAUUCAAUGCAAUGAAAUCUGUCGUGAGGGUGCCGGCUCUUGAUCCUAAAUAUAAAAUAGCUGUUCUUGCAUCAAAGCAGGACCACUGCUUGGUUGAUUUAUUACAUGGAUGGCAGGACGGAAGAUUUCCAGUGGAUAUCACUUGUGUAAUUAGUAAUCAUCAUAGAGAUUCAAACACCCAUGUGUUUCAUUUUCUUGAAAGACACGGUAUUCCAUAUCAUUUUUUAAGCAUGACCAAAGACAAUAAAAGAGAAGGGGAGAUAUUGGAGCUGGUUCAGAAUACUGAUUUUGUAGUACUUGCAAGAUAUAUGCAGAUACUAUCCGGAAACUUUCUAAGGAGCUACGGGAAUGACGUAAUUAACAUUCACCAUGGUCUGUUGCCAUCAUUCAAGGGUGGUAAUCCAUCUAAACAGGCCUUUGAGGCUGGUGUUAAAUUAAUCGGCGCAACAAGUCAUUUCGUGACUGAAGAACUCGACGGCGGACCUAUAAUUGAGCAAAUGGUUGAGAGAGUUUCUCACAAAGAUAACUUGCAGAGCUUUGUGCAGAAAUCAGAAAAUCUUGAGAAACAAUGUCUUUCCAAGGCUAUCAGAUCUUAUUGUGAACUUAGAGUAUUGCCUUAUGAAGGCAAGAAGACUGUUGUUUUUUGGAGGAAACAACAAAUAGCUAAACAUAAUGCACACCAAAAUUUGGGGUGCAUUUGUAUUUACAUUCAAUCAUUUAAUUGUAAAAUUCAAAUGAUAUUCCACUUUACUUUAGAUGCAAAAAAUGAGAAUAAAAAGGCUUGAACUUGAUUCAUUUGGUUAUCAUCACAUUGAUAAUGUAAUGAAUAUAAUCAGCCAUUAUAUA